GCCAUUGUACUUCUCCGGCAUAUCCACUUAGAGAUCAUACUGGCCAACGUGGAAUUUAUUUAUUUUUCAAGACUUAUCUGGUAUACGAUGAAUUCUCGACGGUUCAUGGAAAUGCAUUGGCUGAAGUAUGUAGUGUUCCUUUUAGGGUAUAUUCUGCAAAGAAAUUUCCGGGUAUGACAGGUGUGAAAACUACAAAGGAUGCUUAUUGCAUUUUUGCAUUUCAG